CCCGAAAGCUCGGGGCGAAGAUGCAAGCCAUUGUGCGGGGCUGGUUUUGGUGUGGCUACCCAUUUAGGUAAGUAAGGGGCGUAACGAUGACAUCUAUGUCUCGGAGAAGUGAGAUGAUCGUUCUUCGGGAUUCCGAUUUAUCAGUCUCAUAGAUAAAACCCAAAAGAAUCAUCUGAAUACUUGACCAAACACCCAAGAUCAAUCCUAAGUCAACAUGGGUGAAAUAAGUCCGGCUAUUGACUCAAAGCUGAAGCACCCGGAGCUCUUCCGGAACCAAGCAUAUGUCAAUGGGAAAUGGAUCGAGGCUAAGUCAGGCAAGAGGUUUGACAUCAUCGACCCCGGGACUAAUGAGAAGUUCGCAUCAUGUCCGGACAUGGCGGCCGAGGACGUCGAUGACGCCGUGAAGGCUGCUCACGAGGCAUUCUUAGCCUACCGCACUUUCACCCCUCGGACUCGCGCCGACCUGCUAGCUAAGUUCGAUGCUUUGAUACGGGAGCAUAAGGAUGAUCUGGCGACCAUUCUCGUGUUUGAGACUGGCAAGCCGCUGGCUGAAGCGUAUGGCGAAAUCGAGUACGCGACCUCGUUCACGCGCUGGUUCGCCGGCGAGGCGGAGAGGAUCCAAGGGACGACCUUCCCCGCCGCCAUGCCCGGCAGGCGGAUUUUCACUAUUAAGCAGCCGUUGGGUGUCUGCGCCGCGCUGGUCCCUUGGAACUUUCCUAUUGCCAUGGUCUUGAGGAAAGCCAGCGCUGCCUUGGCCGCAGGCUGCACGAUGGUCGCGAAGCCCUCGCCCGAGACCCCCUUAUCGGCGCUGACACUAGCAUAUCUGGCCGAGAAAGCUGGGUACCCGAAGGGCGUAUUCAAUGUGCUGCCGACUACUUUAGCCAAUACCCCUUCUCUCAGUGAAGCUCUCUGUAGACACCCGACCGUGAAGAAAGUCUCCUUUACCGGAUCGACUCGUGUAGGAAAAAUCCUUUCCGCGCAUUGCGCGAGUACUCUCAAGAAACUCACGCUCGAGCUGGGAGGCAAUUGCCCGUUCGUCGUAUUUGAUGACGCAAACUUGGACCAAGCCUGCGACGCACUAAUGGCGCUCAAAUUCCGCCACGCGGGCCAGGCCUGCGUCACAGCGAACCGAGUGUACGUGCAAAAAGGGGUAUACGACGAGUUCGCCGCACUGCUCGCGGCGAAGACGCAAGAGAUCCGCGUCGGCCACGGCAUGGACAAGAGCACGACGAUGGGGCCCGUGACCGUGCCGACGGGCCUCGACAAAGUGGCGGCACAAGUCGAAGACGCGAAGAAGCACGGCGGCGUCGUCGUGACGGGGGGCAACCGCAUUACUAGCCUGAACAACGGGUACUUCUUCGAGCCGACGAUCAUCGCGAACGCGACGCAGAAGAUGAAGAUCGCGUCUGAGGAGACGUUCGGCCCGCUGCUGGCCCUGUUCCCGUUCGACACGGAGGAGGAGGCUGUUAAGUUGGCUAACGACACGAGCAUGGGCUUGGCUUCUUAUUGCUUCACGAAGAACGUCGACAGGAUUUGGCGCAUGUUUGAGAAUUUGGAGGCGGGGAUGAUUGGGUUAAACAGCGGAAAUUCAUCUGCUGCUGAGUCGCCAUUUGGCGGAAUCAAGGAGUCAGGGUUCGGCAAGGAAUCUGGCAAGGAUGUCGCCAUCAACGAGUACCUCAUCACCAAAACCGGGACAUUGACUCUGGAGGGACAAUAUUAAAUCAAAUAUCUCCCCAAUGAGAAAAUCUUUAGGUAAGAUAGGGUAGUGGAGGCACUUCGAGGAUAAUCAAAAAGGCGAUUAAGGAACUUGCCAUAGUAAUAGGGUCACGAAAUAACGAGAUUGCAUGCGGGGAGGAGAACGUCGGUUUACAAGCCAGCAAGGCAUUACGAUGAAUGAAUACAUUUGAAUGUUUCAUACAAUAUAGUAUCUAAUACGACUUUUGACUUUCUUAGAGUAUACGUAGAAUACCUACU